CCUUCACGCAAUCCGCCCGUGGACGCACAUCAGAUCCUCUAUCCAGCUUAGUAUCUCUGGCUAAGCCAUUCACGAAGAAAUUAACCGGUGCCUUGCACGUCAACUAAUGUGGUUCUUCGUCCCGUAAAUCAAUGAUGCUGCUACCUUCCCAAACUAUAUAUGAAGAGCGAGAUGGCGGGAAGUAUUUCUCAGUCACUUCGCUUAGCUAUUUUCCCGGCUGCCUUGCCACAAGAUGAAGUUUCCAAUCACGUCCCUGGCGUUGAUCUCAGUGGUCGAAUGCAUUCCUAGCUUCUUUGACAAACGGACGGAUGAGACUACUCUUUUGACCGACCUGAGCAUCAUCUCCAGGCAUUGGGGUCAGAUCUCGCCAUAUGCUGAUAACAAUGAAACCUACUUUGGCGUCGAGGAUGUCGGCCUUCCGGAUGGCUGUGGAAUCGAGCAAGUCCACUCGUUGCAACGACAUGCACAAAGAUUCCCGACAUCAUUCUACGACGACGGCGCCAAUAAUGAAAACUUUGCUCAGAAAGUUCUCAAUUUCACGUCGCUGAACGCCAAUUCUAGCUUUUCGGGACCUUUGGCCUUCCUGAAUACGUACAAGUAUCAGAUGGGCGAGGGUUAUCUGACAGGCAUUGGUGCCGCUACAGAGUUCUCGUCUGGGGUACAAUUCUGGAACACGUAUGGAAGACUGCUGUACAAUGCGACCAAAGGCCAAGUAACCUAUAACUCCAGCUAUACCAAUGGCACGGCAAGACCUAAGCCCGUACUUCGAACAACUAGCCAAUCUCGCAUUGAGAAUAGCAUGCUCAAUUGGGCGCUCGGUUUCUUCGGCCCAAGCUUCCAGCAAACACCAAACCCGAGCCUGGCGAACGCAACAUCUCCCUAUGAUGUUGUCAUCAUUCCGGAAGGGGGAACGGAGAACAAUACUCUGGCUUCCUAUGAUAGCUGUAUUAACGAGAACAAUUCUCCUAUUCUCGACAUGGGCGAUCAGGAUCUGCUUAAGUAUGUGGCGUUGUACCUUCAAGAUGCGACGAAGCGAGUUCAGGCCUAUGCCCCGAAAGGCUUCACCUUCACUGUCAAUGACACAUACGCUAUGCAGAGCAUUUGUGCAUACGAAACGGCAUAUAUAGGUGACUCUGACUUCUGCGGCUUGUUUACCGCGGACGAGUGGGCCGGUUUCGAGCAGACCUUGGACAUGGAGUACUAUUACGACUAUUCGUAUGGAAAUCCGACUGGUCGAGCACAAGGAAUUGGAUACUUGCAAGAACUGCUCGCACGCCUUCAGAAUGAAUAUAUCACGAGCUCUAAUAGCAGUGUCAAUAGCAGUUUGACCGACAAUUCGGCGGACUUCCCUCUUGGCAGACCUUUCUAUCUUGAUGCUUCCCAUGAUGAUAUUAUCGUCUCAGUGCUGACAGCCAUGAGCUUGGACUAUCUCAAAGAUCCGCCGAAUCUCUCUCAAUAUCCACCCAACCCUUCGCGCCACUUCAUUCUCUCGCAUUUGACGCCAUUUGGUGCACGACUCAUCACAGAGGUCAUUGGCUGCAAGGAUGCAAAUCCAGUGGCAAAGGCGACACAUAGUGCAUCAUAUUAUGUUGGACAGAACGGCUACAAGGCCUCAAGUGCACCAAAUAAGUUCAUUCGCAUGCGUUUAAAUUCUGGCAUCCUUCCUCUUUCUUCUAUCCGCGGAGGUGCAUGCGCCGGCCGAACAGACGGUUUGUGCCCCCUUAGCAAGUUCAUCGACAGCCAGAAAAAUUCUACUAAGCUUGCAAACUACCAGUAUGCUUGCUUUGGGAACUACACUAUAACAGAUGCCACGAGUGGGAAAGAUUACGACGGCACUAUCUUUGCAUAGCUGGCUCGCAAAACAAUAAGACGACGCUUCAUGACCAUUACUAAUCUUUUAUGUGCAACGAGAUGUAAUGUAAUGCUUGUACAUAGAACAUAACAGAUAGCGUAGCAAACGUUGGAUCUAGAAGACCACUUGAAUCUCAGGAACUG